GGAAGAAUGGCCUCAGAAAAUGACUCUUCAGUGACUGAGUUUGUCCUGCUGGGAUUAACACAACAGCCAGAGCUGCAGCUGCCCCUCUUCUUCCUGUUCUUAGGCAUCUAUGUCAUGGCUGUGGUGGGGAACCUGGGCCUGAUUGUUCUCAUUGUUCUGAACUCUCACCUGCACACUCCCAUGUACUACUUUCUCUUCAACCUUUCCUUUGUGGACCUCUGCUACUCCUGUGUCAUCAUACCCAGAAUGCUGAUAAGUUUUGUGAAAGAAAAUGUCAUCCCCUAUGCUGAGUGCAUGACUCAACUCUUUUUCUUUGGUUUCUUUGUAAUUGAUGAGUGUUGCAUCUUGACAUCAAUGGCUUAUGACCGUUAUGUGGCCAUCUGCAAGCCCCUGCUGUACAAGGUCAUCAUGUCUCCUCAGAUCUGCCUUGUGUUGACAGUUUGGGCAUAUGCAAUGGGGUUUGUGGGUGCUGCGGUCCACACUACAUGCAUGCUGCGACUCACCUUCUGUGAUGACAACAUCAUCAAUCAUUACAUGUGUGACAUUGCUCCUCUACUCCAGCUCUCAUGCACAAGCACCUACAUCAAUGAGUUGGUGAUUUUUGUUGUGUUGGGAAUCAACACAGCCGUGCCCAGUGUCACUCUCUUUGUUUCCUAUAGCCGGAUCCUCUGUAGCAUCCUGCACAUCCGUUCUUCCAAUGCCAGGUCCAAAGCGUUCAGUACCUGUAGCUCCCACAUAAUAACUGUGUGUCUUUUCUUUGGAUCGGCAGCACUUACAUACUUCAAGCCUCUUCCUGGUGAAUCUCUGGCUCAAGGAAAAGUAUUUUCUAUUUUUUACACCAUUGUGUGUCCAAUGAUGAAUCCUGUCAUUUAUAGCUUGAGGAACAAAGAUGUGCAUGUUGCAUUGAAUAAGAUGUUCAGAAGAAAAUGGUCUUUUUUUGAAUAUGUAUAG